AUGCUCAUUUUAGUUCUAUUCUCACACCUCCUCUUAUUCUCCGAGGCCUCGGCGGCAGGUCCGCUGAGGCGAGGAGAAAGAUUGAGACGGCGUGAUGCGCUGGGGGCUUCGAGGGUUUAUAGGUUCGCGAAUACUAGUAGCAUCGCUACCACGACGACCACUCCCUUGUCAACUGAAACCUCUUCGACGUUAACCACGAGCGAAGCGUCUAAAGCGUCAACAUCAUCUUUAUCUCAAUCAUUAACAUCUAUAACAUCAGCGCCCGGCUUAGCUUCAUCUUCAUCGGUUUUGGCUACUUCAAGUGCGAGUUCCGCCUCAGGCCCGGUUGUGUCCAGCUCUUCCAUUUCAAUUUCUCAGUCGCUCACUUUAAACGAGAGUAGUACCAUCCCAACAUUUGACAUCUUCCCAUCUUCUACAGUCCCUGUUGGCCCUGCCGCUUCUACCGCAGACUUGGCCGUUUCAAGCUCGACAGCGGUUGCUGCUCCAUCCAACUCGACUGGAAGCUCAUCUCAGGAAUCUACCGUAGUAUCUCUAGCUACAUCUUUGACUCUUCCCCUUGCGCCAACAUCUUCAGCAGUAUCUCUUACUGAGUCUCAAUCAACUCUUACUGAGUCUCAGUUAACGGCUACCGAGCAGAGUCAAACUGCGCAGCCAACGCAAAGUAGCUCCACGGCUUCGGAGUUUACCACGUCCAUAAAUUCUAACACACCUGCCGCAAGUCCUUCCACACUAGCAAGCAGUAGAAGUGCUAGUAGUCUGGAAAUUUCGUCUGCAUCGGCUACCGUCACGUCCUCCCAAUUUACUACUGCUCCAUUCACAUCAGUUGUUAAAUCAUCUUAUGUGUCUCAUCCAGUAACGCCAACAGGGACAUUAAAUGACCAGGUUCCCACCAUCAUUAGUUCCAUUCCAUCUUCGUCAACGACAGUUUCCCCUGAAGUUCUUGCCAGAAAUCUAGCCGACGCAAAGAGUUACAAUACGGUCUUUGCCAGCUUGACCGAGGAUUCUGCUUGCGCUUCUGGUCAAGUUGCCUGUGUUAAUGGGAAUAUUGGAAAGUGUUCUAGUGCUGGCGCAUUUGAGAUUACCCCUUGUGCCGACACUUUAACUUGUUAUGCCUUGCCGAUGACUACGGUUGAGGGCGUUCAGAUUGGUUGCUGGGAUGAUGCUACUGUUCGUAAAGCUUUGGGCGGCGACGUACCCCCCGCAGGAAGUUCGACUUCUGCUAGCUCGUCUACGGAAACUGAGACGUUUGACGGGACUUUAGUCACUGUGACAGUCACACCGACAGCCACCAAGACCGCUCAGACCACCAUAAAUCUCGGCUCAUCUACGCAAAUCUCUUCAGCAGCAAGCUCUUCAAAGACAAGCUCUUCGGUUCCCGCUCAACCUUCAGAGAAAACGGUAACAAUUACUCAUUAUUUGCCAACCACAUUUAGCACUGCGACCCGGUCCUCAAGCUCACCAUUACCCCCUAAAAUAGUUACAGAAACCGUAACUGUAACGCCAUCCAUCCCAGAAGCCCCGACAUCUUCACCACUUGAAACACCGCUGCCGUCUACGACUACGACGACGAUAGUACAGACUACCCCUACUGACUCCGGCCUCCACGUCAUUCCUAUCGAGACGGAUAUUGUCGACUUCCCUGGUCUUGGGGACAUUGGAAGCAAUAACUUCGGUGUUACAUCUGGGACAACACCUACUCCUGCCCCCGCUACUGUCACUGUAACAGAAAAAGAGACGGUGACGACGAUCACUACGGUAACAGAUACGAUCGUCACCACUGUAAGAGGCUAGAUGAAGGAUUGAUAGUAAAUAGGUAUUGGGUAUGUGGGUUGCAUUUACAGAUUCAUUGAGCGGGGAGUUGAGGACAUGUUGAUAAUUUGAUAUUCUUAUGGCAUACGACCAAUGCGGGAAAAGUCGAUACCCUUCUUACCAAUAGAAAAUUUUGCCUUAUACAUAACAUUUUAAUUAUAUAAUAUUUUCGAUUCUCA